AUGAAGGCUCUCGUCUUUUAUGACAAAUUCUUGCCCGGUUGGCCGGGCCAUGCUUUUGAAUUCAAACUAAGACCCAUCGGUGUUUUUCUUUCUUCCGCCACCCAUCUAACGAUGUGUCGCCGCAACGUGUUGCUGCAACUAAUCUCCUGACCUGUACACAGGGAGUAAUCUGUCGCCGACACGUGUUGCUGCAACUUGUCUUCUUGGGUGUUCCGAUCUUUACUUAUUUCAACUUACCUUACAGGUGUGCAAUGGGCGCUGCCAUAUGUUACAGGAUGAUUAUUUGGAUGUCGUUGGACCGACAAUGGACACUAUUAGAUAUCCUUUGAUCAACAAGAUCAUUCUUCAUAUCCGACUAGCUUUCCAACUAUUUGCGGGGCAAGCUAUCUUACUGCUAGAGCAUACUAAAAUUAAAAUUGUUCUUCUUGUUGUUGCAAAUGUUGGCUUGGCCAAGUUGGUAAUUCUGUUGUCAUGCUGCAAUUAUAUAUUGAUCGUGUUACUAAAAACACCCUUGAUUUGAACUGACAAUUGUUACUAGUGUAGAUAUGAGUAGCUUUUUUUAUUGAGCACGCUAUUGCCAUAUAUUUAACAAUUAUUGCACGAGUGCGCGUUGGAUAUGAGUGGAAUAAUUGUUUAUUAUAAACGCCCACAAAAUAUCGAGAAUUCUUCCCGACUUUAUUUGUAAGAACAACCGAUUUUCAAAUUUUGGUAUGUGGCUCAUAUACUAUUAUGGCUAAGCCAAUCAGAGUUCUUUAACUGCAUUACCCAAUGGUUCAGUUUUAAUAAAUAUGCAUAUGCUACGGAUAGCACACUUUCUUAACAUAUUUCACAUAUCAGAUGGACAGUGUUGUACAUUUAGUUCAAGAGUUAGAUGGCGUAAGAAUCAUUGGUAAUGAGACUCAUGAACUGCUUCAGCGAGUUCCAGGUUGGUAAAUAUGAUUACGUUGAUUGCGGGCGGUUUCUCCUCCUGGCGAAACCUCCUUAGCAACGAGGAGAAAGGUGAAACGGCUGUAUCGGCGCAGGGGGGGCUUUAGGCCCCCCACUUUUUUGGCUGUUGAUGUUAGAACAUUGAAUGUUCAACUGGAAAUUUUUAAGCUGUUGAUGAAGGACGAAGAAUUUACCUGUUUUGAUGACAUUUUAGCCAAGAUCAAGCAGCUUUCUGAAGCCGAAAAGUGUAUGAUAACUGAAAUCAUAACCCUAUGUAAACUUCUUCUUGUAAAUCCAGCAACCAGUGCAGCAGGCGAGAGAUCCUUUUCUUCUGCUCGGAGACUGAAAACGUGGCUACGCUGGACGAUGACACAAACAAGAUUUAGCAAUCUGACAAUACUUAAUACCCACAAGCAGAGAACAGACAAACUUUGUCUUAUAGAUGUUGCCAAUGAGUUUGCAGCUCUCAAUGAAAAUCGAAAAAGCAACUUUGGCACCUUCAAAGAAUCCGACUUAAAAAUGUCCGAGUGGCACUCAUCCGUUGCGUCUGUUGGGUUUAGCUUAGAAGUUAGUCUAUUCAUUUAAAUUUGGUGAAACGUGAAGGACAGUUUGUUACUCGUUGUUUUAUAAAAAUUAAAAAUUAACUUCACUUUUGGCAGUUUUAGAUCCAUUUCAAGCCAUUUAAACCGCCCCCCGGUUAGCUCAGUUGGGAGAGCGCCGGUCUGCUGAGCGGGAGGUCGCGAGUUCGAAUCCUGGCCGGACCAACACUCAGGGUCUUAAAGAUAACUGAGGAGAAAGUGCUGUCUUUGUAAUGACAUCUGCAAAUGAUUAGACGUUCAAGUCUUCUCGGAUAAGGACGAUAAACCGGAGGUCCCGUCUCACAAACCUUGUUCACAUAUAACUCUGUGGGACGUUAAAGAACCCACACACUAUUCGAAAAGAGUAGGGGACGUAGUUCCCGGUUUUGUGGUCUAUCUUCAUCACUUGCAUCAUCACUCAUCAUGGGUUGGGAGGGUUCAGUGGGCUCAUAAAUGGACUGAUAGCGGCUGCCAUCGGCGCCCUUAGUAUGCUGAUGUUCGAGCCCACUGCAAAAAAGCCAUGCAAAGAGGACAUGUAUGUUUGGCCUCUCAAUCGCCACAUUUACAUUUACAUUUACAUUUAUUUCAGAAGACUUCAAUUUCAAAUUUUCCCGGGGGAACAUGCCCCCGGACCCCCUAGUUGGCUCACGCUAACGCGUUCGCAUUAACCCCCCCACUUGAAAAUCCGCUCCGCGGUCCCUAUUCGCAGACUACAAGUGAAAGGUUUCAAAAUGCUCGCAGAUAUUCUCUCUUGUUCUCGAUUCAUAAAGCUAUCGAAAUAUAGCCAAAAAUAACAAUCCCUGUUGGUGGCCGGGAUGUCCUUGAGAUUUAUUUCUUUUCCACAGACAUUUGAUGCUUUUCCAAAUUACCUUCUAUUAAAACGUGUCGUUACCUGUAGGUGCUUAAAGCGAAAUAAACUCUCGAGACUGUUGACUUAAACCUUCAGCCCAGUGUGGUCUUGCUGUGGCUUAUGUAUGAUUUUUUAACUUACUCCCCAGAAGCAGAUGGGACUGACUCUACAUUCAGUAUUCCCCCCUCCAAAGAAAAUGGGUACCCUGUUGUCACGAACAAGCAAAAAGCCCUAAACUUUAUUCCAGUAGACGUAUUCAAUCGGUUUACGGUCAAGUCGCCCAAAACCAGAGUCAUGUCUCUCGAAAUAAACGGCGAUAUUUGCGUCUUUGUUUAACUUCACAUUUGCAUAGGUUACCAGACACGGGUGAGUCAACAUUUUUCGACUAAAUUCCUUGCGAUAUACUUCAGAUGAUACUUUUUUUCAAGUUUAUACACUCGAUAAAAUUUUAGGCGACAUGACUUAGGAUUUCGGGCGACAUUACUCUGGUUUCAGGCGCUAUGACUUCGGGCGAGAUGACUUUCUAGCGACUUGACCGGUUACCGUUCAACCAGAACCACUUCUUAUCACGAAUGUGAAUAAUUAUGUCCGAUACUAGAGCAACUAUUUCUAUUAAUCUUUCAGCUGCUGUGGAACAAGUGUUUAAAAUCGGUUCAAUGGAACCAGGUGCGAUGCUGUUUGACGCAUCAAAGGAAUUUGAGGCAAGCAAUGCUUCACUCUCUCUGGGAAAAAGUUGUCUCGGGUAAAAGGCUCAGCCGCCUACCCAAGCCAGUAGCGGAUCUAGAGAAGGGGCCAAGGGGGCUCGCCCCCUCCCCCUUUAUUGUUAGACCGCCACUGCGAGCCACCCUGGGUGAGCCUGUUGUUGGGUGACCUGUUUUCCUUGGUAAGGUCACCAUCCUAGCUGAGCCAACUUUUCUCCAUAUAAUAAAAAAUAAUCAACUUUAUUUAUACAGCGCUAUUUCAGUCCAAAAGCUCAAUAGCGCUUUACAGAAUUCAUAAGAAAGAACAAUAAUGAAAAUAAAAAGAAUACCUGACGAACAACAUUAAAGUUUCAACUUGAAGAUUCUAAACUACACCAAAAACUAAAUCCCUAAAAUUAAGCUGUCGUUACGAUUCUUUCGUGUAUAUUCCUGUAAACAGAAAAAGAGCGCCCGAGCAGAGGAGUACAUUCGGAUGAUCAAAGAACGUCUUCCUGAGGCUGUCCAGCAAUGUAUCCACGCCGCUGCCGCGGAACAUGAGCCUGCCAUACAAAGAGGACUGCUGAGGGUGAGUAUAAUUUCAGAGGUAGUCAUGGUAACCACAUGAUCCUUAUGUUCAGUUGCUACGUUUUGAUUCUCACAGCAACCCGCCCCCAGGGGGUGGGGGAGUUGUUGAAAAGUUUAAGGUUUCUUACACUGUGAUUUGUGCUCUGUAAACUGCCAGAUAAAUUUAGCUUUGUUUGAAAAAAUACAUUAUCUGUCUUCCGUUUCAAAAUCAUCACCUCCUACUGAAAAAGUUUUAGUUAAUCUGCUGAAGUUCCUUCAAAUUCGCUUGGGCAUAAAUCGUUGAACGUGAUGCCGUGAAAAGAAAAUCUGUACUCAGUAUAUCUGGGUAAUAUGAACUGAAAGCGAAAGAGCGCAAAUAGUUCGUCCAUUAUGUUUCUAUUUGAGGAGUGUAGUAAGAGACAUAAAGGACUUCAUUAAUGCUUUCGACGAACGCGUCAUUCAGUGAUUUUUUCAGUUAUACAGGAUAAAUUGAAAGUAUAGCAAAUCUCAGCGAGUGGACAACAUUCGCCGAUAACACUGCUCUGUUACCAUCUACCAGCGAAGUUUGCAACGUCGCUUGGUCAGAGAUUUUAGGCGGGAAGUAGUUCUCGUGUAACAUGUCAUGUGUCCUUGUAGUAACCAAUAAGAGCGCUCCGGCGGUCGAUGUUGGGGAAAAUUCCACCUAUAGUACAACCGUUUUUUUCACUGAUCUCCGCUGUAAUCUUUUCUUCUCUUUGCUAGGCUGCUUCCUUUGGUAAGAGUUUUCUAACUGAUAUGCCGCCACACGCGUUUGUUUCGAUGUGCCGGAAUCUUAGAGUGUUAAACGCCGUGCGGGACUACAUGGUUGGAAUUCCACUUACAUAUGGAGAGUAUCCUUUAUCUUAAUUCAAGAGUGAACCAAAUUUUCAGUUGUUGCAAAAGCGUCGUCUCACAGGUUACAUUUUGCCCAAUUGCAGCGUGUGUUGCAGCAAGUCUACACUAUGCUAGCCUCCAUAGCAAGACGAAAAAUGUUUUUUAUUUUUCGGGUUAAUUUACAAUUGCUCAAAUUGCAAUUUCCGCUGGGAAGAUCAUAUCUUCAUUCAAACUUGCAUUUCCGCAGUUCACAUCAUCUUCAACUAAGUUAUCAUUGCUCUGAUCCCAACUUUUUCGACGAACUUGCGCGGAAACCUUUUCUACGCAGGCUAACACUAUGCCAGAUAGCUCUUGCGUCGGCACGGAAACCAUACCGGAGAGUGUUUCUGUCCACACGAGAGAACGGUGAUUUCGGUGCGAUUUAUGUAACGGAGCAAAGCUGUGGGGUUUAAAUUACAUUUUUGUACAGGGAACGAACGAGAUAUGUUCCUUUUUCUCUUUUUUGAAACGGAUACGUUAAAAGUACUUUAACACAGUUUUCAAUUUUGUGGCUCUUAUCAAGUUCUUAAAGUGGGCUCCAUUUUGCUUUUUUGUCCUCUGAGAGUACUCUUUGAUUAUUUUUCAAAAAUUAUCCAAUUUUGAUGCCUUGACGAUCAUCUUAGACUGGAAAAACUAACAAUGAAAACCCUUCUCGACAGGUGAGUUUUGUUUUUGUCACCCUGUUUGUUGUCGUUUUAAAAAAGGUAAAACGUGCAAUGCUUAUGCAUUUUUUUGAGGGGGAGGGGGGAGGGGGCGGUAAACAGGGUGUAUUGCCACGUAGCUGGAAAUUUUUUCAUAACAGUGCGCGCUCUCAUUGGUUUCUUCGAGGUCACAUGACAUCCAACAAUGAAACUGUUUCCCGCCAAAAUCUGUGAGCAGACAACAUUGCAAAAAAUCUAUGACGUCAUAGGGGAACAGCCCUGAGAGAGAAUCAAACUUACGACCUUUCGAGUUCGAGAUCAGACGCUCUACCCACUAAGCUGCUGGGAGCUCUAUAGUGUGCAGGGUCGAAAUUUUUAUUGAUUAUACACCAGACCUGCUAUAGUACAUAGUACGAAAUAGUACUUAUAAGGAAAAAAUAACAAAAUGAAUAUGAUCUUUGUCCGAUAACCUUUCUCUUUUGCCCGAUUAAAAUGGUGACGUGGUUGGACAUAAAUCAUUUCUAAAUAUCACAAUUAUUUGCAUUCCUACUGAAUAUAAAACAAGUUGAAGCAGAGUUCUUGUUUUUUUUACUUGCCCACUUUUAAUUUCGUGUUUAAACCGUGUUUACUAAAUUGAUUUUCCCGCCGUCAGAUCUGGAGCAGGAAUUCUUUGCCUUAAGUUCAUGUUACUACUUUCUGCUCCUUUAGGCUUGUUUUCAGGCGUCACUACUGUCUGGCCAUAAGAAUCUGUGAUUACUUGAAGAUUCCUAAGGGGGAGGGUGCCAGUCGCAUCCUUGGACACUGGGCUUGUUAUAAAGUUAGUUUAACCACCGGAUACCGGUUGGCUGUUAUCUAUAUGUAAGCAGGGGUCUUCCUGCCAUCAGCUUAUUGCUGGUAAUUUGCUAAUAUAUAGAUUUAGCCAGGGCUAAAAGCGAGGCUCCCAUUAGUAAAUUUAUAAUUUAAAUUAAACAAUAAACUUGUAUUCGAAUUCCACAAUUCAGUUAACUUUAGAGCACAUUUAUGUGACUUUUGAGGGAAAGGCUACCUGAUUUUAGAGAAAAAUAAUUUGCAAACAGCCCAAGAGUGAACCAAAUCUUACAUCGAGUUGAUAGCCUCAUAUGUACACUCAAAAACUGGUAAUCAUCUUUUAUCACAUUUAAGAGCCGUAAUGGCUAUUGAUCACCGUAGAUCAAUUAGGCUUAGAAAAAAAAUCAGGCCAACGUUUUGGCGUUCGACAAGUUUACUUUGCAAAAUCUUGCCAACAAAUCUGGGCGCGUGUAAACCAACCUUUUAUACCAUGGACAGAAAGCAGUAUUUCACAAUACAAAUUGCUCUCAUUCAAUAUUCAUAAACUGUUAAAAAAAUUUUCCAAAAUCACCUAUACGGCCAUCCGGUUCUCACUUUUGUAGUGCGAGCUGUAGCGAGUGUUUGAAUGAACAUUAACAGAGUUACGCUCCAAGAUAAUAAAGAAUUUAUCAUGUUUAUUUUUUAUUUGAUGGUUUAACGCGCGGCAUUUUGAGAACUCCUGCAAGCGAUGUUCACUGAACGACUGAAAACAAUCGGCAUAGCGAUUAAAAUUGCAAGAGAGACUACUAACAAUCAAUAAAAGAAAUAUAAGUCGGUGAAACAUAAACAGAGACAACAAUUUUCAUUCAGGAAGACAAGUAUUAAAGUGUGCCUAAAUAUCCUGAGUCUUCAAGCUUCAAGCUUAAGUUUGCUGAAGUUUAUGUUUUAAGCCAGCUUCCCGGUGUUUGUUUUUUCAAAGACGAACUCGAGGCAAGAAAAUCGCUCAAAGCUUUCUUUUCCGGCCAGAAUUAUAACUAAAGAUUCUUUGGAACAUUUUCUUUCUAUUUGCGGUGAGAAACUGUCUAAAGGCUUUUUAAAGUUCUGUAAGAUUAUAUCAAACCAGAUACUCGGUGAGAUCGUUGUCUCAAAUCUUACAAACGCGCAUAAACUAAAUUCCCGCAUAAACUACGCUCCACUUCAUUAAAUUAGAUACAAAAAACAAACAUGAAAUACAAUAAUUUCUCUGGCUUACCAUUCGAGAUGCAGCGCCUGAAAGUUAUCAGGUAAAGCCAGUAUCGCUUCAGACUUUGCAAUCCUCUUACGCAUCAAGCAAGGUAAAAACGAAAACGAUGCCAUCCGAAAUCGGAUUUCCGACUUUGACAAGCGACGUUUUCUCAACCAAAAACCCAAUAAACAAACUAGCCAUGAGUAACAGAAGACUCCUGAUAGCAGCUGAAUUUCAUUUUGUUCAUCCAGUGGAAAAAGACAGUUAAAAACAUCACAAGUUGACACAAAACUCUGUCAGCUUCAGCUGUUAAAGUAAACAAGAUUCAAGAUGCUGCAUAAAUUUUGCGCAUGAACUCACCUGUCAAAUUUUGACCAAUCAGAGCAUAAAAAUUGGACGUAGAGCGUGACCAACGCGUGACCAUUGUGAGAAAAAACAAAAGCAACUGUCUUCCCUGCCUGUAACAGCUGGCUGAAUUUUCACGUCCGAGGUCAGUUUGCAAUCAAAAUUUUAAUUGUGCAGCACAUAAACACCACAUAUUUCAUAUGAAUUAAGAAAAAAAAUUGAACUUGAGCCUGCGAUCACUUGAAAACUAGUUUACUUGUCAGCGGAUAACUGCAAAAAAUACUUGACCUCGACGGGUCGACACCUGAGCCCGCGAUACGGUCAAGUGAUACUGGUCAGCGGGUACUCUGUUUUGACAGCUGUCAAUUGAUCAAAACAUUGAUGUCCAAUAUGUGUGCAUUAUCAGUUUUCCUGUGCUCCCAAACUAGUAAAAGUAUGAGAUUGAACGUUGUUCGCGAUCUAGUAAAACAGUUAACUGGUCAGCGGACAGCUUCCAAAUAAAUCACGUCACCUCGAUGAGUUGACACAUGAGCCCGCGAUAUGGUCAUGGGAUACUGGUCAGUGGCUAUCCUGUUUGGACAGCUGUCAAUUGACCAUAUUGUUAAUGUCCUAUAUUAAAGAUGUGGACUUGCCAAGACACGCCUGAGACACCCCUCCCUACCUUUUGAUAGUCUCCCCUACCCCACCCAUACAAUCUGUAGACGCGUACGUACGUAUGUACGUACGUACGUACGUACGUACGUACGUACGCUCGGUCAGUCACGUGACAACCAAACGAAAAGAAGUUGACCAUAUUCCAUGGGUAUGGGGCUCUGUCCCACGCGCGCUUCGCGCGCGCGGGAGCCCCGCUAAAAUUGUUAAUGGUAAAUUAUGGUUGUGGCAGUAGACAUAACUGGGGUUGGGUGUCCGGUGGUUGUUUCAUCUGCUGAAUUUGCACAUUGCUCUUCGUGUUUGUGUACUUAUCAAAGAUCACCAAAUCAACCUAUGAAAAAAUCUAGAUCAAUUAGACUGGAUUGUACGCGGUGAAGACAGCGUGGCCAGGCGCCCAUCGCGUUGUUUUCCAAUCCGCUGGUCCCAGGUUGGAGUCCCACUCUGGCCACUUGCUGAAUUUAUUCGCGGUAUUUCCAAGUUCAGAUAACCGGUCAUGCUUGUAAAUAGCCAACUGGUUGCCUCCUGCCAGUUGGGGUUCUUAAUCCUGUUGUGUUCUAUUUCGUCAAUAAAUAAACAGUUGGACUUUCACAUGGCUGGGAUGAUCACAUUGAAAUUAACUUGUCCGCCCUUGUAGAAUACAAUAGUGUCCGUAAAUAGUUUUUCUUGUGUUGAAUAUAUUGACAUCUCUUUCAAUCCUUCACUUCUUCAAAACUUGCUUCUCUUGUUUAAACAGGUUCAGCAAGCCAAUGUUGAUGACGAAGAGAUUGCUCGUGCCAUCAACUCCAAGCUCGGAGAGACUCCUGGGAUAUCUUACUCAGAAAUAGCUUCAAAGGCAGUGGACUGUGGACGAACUCACCUGGCCAUCAAGGUUAGUUGAGAGCAUUCACAUGUGAACAGUUUUAUUAUAGACUAGUAGUAAUCAAAGAUUAAUAAGUGCGUUCGAAGUUCAAUGAAUUUAGCUAAAAUCAUACAAAAACAGAGGAGGAAAUUAGUUGAGAGAUUAAAUGAGAAAGACGAAGUAUUUAAAGAGCAACAUGAACAAUAGCAACUUUAAUAGUGAAACCCAAAUAUGUAACCAAAGAUGUUUAUCUACUUAGUUACAAUGUAGUUUAGAUACUGAUUGUGGGAGACUAACUUUUGUAACAGUAACAUGAAUGAUAGUAACUUGAAUAGUUACAAGGGAUUGGUUAGUUGCAAGGGAAAAUGUAACAAAACAUGUUAGUCUACUCAGUAUCUUGAAAAACUGAAAAUGAUAGAGUAGAUUUUAUAACAACAACAUGAGGCUAUGAUGAAGUUCAAAAUGCUAUGAAAAUUAGAUUUUUCCAUGUCUAAACGUUUCGUGUCUGUGUGUCAUAGCAUUGUUUAACAAUUUUUCUUAACUUAACAGUAACCUGGAUGAUACUAACUCGAUUAGUCACAAGGUAAAAUGCAAUAAUUAAAACAUGUCAAUCUACUCAUUUACAAUGUAGUUCAGAUACUAAAUGAGUGAGACUAAUUUUUGUAACGGUAACAUGAAUAAUAGUAAAUUGAAUAGUUUCAAGAAAGUUAUGAAGUUGGUAAUGCUAUGAAACUUUUUGCAAUGUUUAAAAGUUCUGGUGUUUGCAUGUCAUACCAUAGUUUAACAAAAAAAUUUUAAUAGUAACAUGAAUAGUAACUUGAAUAGUUGCAUGGGAUUGGUUAGUUGCAAGAGAAAAUGUAAAAAAACAUGUCAAUCUACUCAGUAUCUUGAAAAACUGAAAGAGAUAGACUAAAUUUUAUAACAACAACUGGAACAUGAAGCUGUGAUGAAGUUCAAAAUGCUAUGAAACUUAGAUUUUUUUCCAUGUCUAAAUAUUUCGUGUUUGUGUGUCAUAGCAUUGUUUAACUAUUUUUCUUAUCUUAACAGUAACCAGGGCCGGGUUGUUCAAAGCGCGAUUAAGCAAACCCAGGGUUAGCGUCAAUUUUUAUUCCAGUUAAAUUAAUAACCAAAAGAGAUUUUCUUAAGGAUUCUUGCUCUUUAGUUUUUUUUUCGAUUUGACUUCAUGUGCAGCUUAUAAUUAGCUUUUGAAAUCUUUUUAAACAAAAGAGAUGAAAUCUUUGAUUAAGCUUUAAUCGUGGGUUAGCAGUAAUCGUCUUUUGAACAACUGGGCCCUGGAUGAUACUAACUCGAUUAGUCACAAGGUAAAAUGCAAUAAUUAAAACAUGAGAAUCUACUCAUUUACAAUGUAGUUCAGAUACUAAAUGAGCGAGACUAAUUUUUCUAACAGUAACAUGAAUAAUAGUAAAUGGAAUAGUUUCAAGAAAGUUUAAUAUGAAAUUCAAAAAUUAAGUGCUAUAAAAGUUUUUGCGAUAUCUAAAAGUUUUAGUGUUUGUAUCUCAUAGCAUGAAUUAUUAGUAACUUAAAUAGUUACUAGAGAUUGGUUUGUUACAAGGGAAAAUGCAACAAAACAUGUUAAAUGGCAAUUUUUUCAAUGUCCACAAGUUUUCGCGUUUGCGUGUCAAAGCAUACUUUAACUGUGUCUAGGUUUAAGACAGCCUCUGUGAUUUCCUCCUCUGUUGUUUCAUUUGCAAUUAAGUGACAAAUUGAAAACAACUUUGGCACUGCUUCUUGAUAAACCUGUAGCUGAAGCUUCUGCAGUGGUUGUUUGGAGUUUUGGAUAUGGAUCUUGAGUGUCCACUUUACACUGCAGCUGGUUGCCUUUUGUGUUACUUUGCAGUUAUCGCAGACUGCAAUUUUUCCCUUGAUUGUAACUUUUUUGAACAUGAACAACAACAGUUGUAUUUGGUGACACUGCUUAUUCCUAGUAUUUCUCCAAUGGUUUCUGUUGUUGUUGAGAUGUCACUGACUUCAGGUAAUGUUUGUUUGAAGGGUUCAGCGUCCUUGAUGGUGUAUAAAUUAUCUUGUUUUGGUGUGUUCAAGUAUCUUUGAUUCUGAGAUACUUUCAUUCUCAAGUUGUUGAAGAAAUAGGUGGACUGUGGUGUGACGCUGUCAACAUGCUCACCCCAGAAAAUAACUUUUAUGUAACCAGAUGGAUCAACUAUAUAGCCUUCCUGUUUUUUUGACAGGAGAAUCUUGGAUGACUAUAGUUUUGGUCGCACUUAGAUGUGAUAUCUUUCCUUUUAUUGACACUAGCUGUUGUGGUGCUACUUUUGACAAGGAUGCAAUUGAUGUGACAUCAUCUUGUGCUUUGUAUGGAAAAUCAGCUGUUGUUGAAGUGAUGGUUGUGUUCCUGUUUACUACUACAUCACUUCGUCCAUACUUUGCUGAUGUUAAAAUUUGAAAUUUUAACCGGUGAUCUUUGUGCGGCCAUUGCAUCAAGAGUUUCCUUCUUUUCAGUUGCAAAGCAUACACUGCCAAUGAGAUCUUUCUCUGUCUGAAGGUGGCAGUUAAAGUAGCUUGUUGGUCCAGAUUUUUUUACUGGUGAGACAUUAUGCACAAAGCAAGUUAUGUCUUGUUUUUCUGUAGGAGGAGGUAAAAAGAUAUUUAGAUUAAUGUAAUAAAUUUGGCAUGGAUGGGAUUACUGCAUAAGGUAGCUUGUGUUAUUUGAAAAAAACAUAUGUGUAAAUAUUAGUCUCCUUGUUUCAUAUACUGUAAAUUCUCUAUUAAGCCCCCAGGGGGCUUAUUGUUUUAAGGCGCAUUGGGGGGGGCUAAAUAGAAAGGAAGGGCUUAAUAGAAGGGGAAGUGUUAAAAUUUAGCAAAACAGGAGCAGUUCACCACUCAUUAAUUACUGUAAUUAAGAUUAUUUUUAGUACAAAUAACAGUGAUAUUUUGGCCAAAGUUCGCCACCAACAUGCAAGAGGUGUGGGAAAAAUAAAUUGUAUCAUAUAACUACAUGAGAACAUUAAAGGGUGACAAAAGUGAUAGGAAACAGUGUACAUCUAAUACCUAGAUGUUCAAAAUAAUAUGUUUUAUUAAUGAGAGCAUAUAGAGCAGGUAAGGUUAUAAAAUGAUUUUAAAACAAGAAGCAUUAGUUUAAUAGAAGAAAGGAACGUAUAACCAUAAUAUUUAAGUAUGACCGGGAGAUACAUACCUGAAGCCAUAUUAGAUCUCUGUCUUGUCUGUUGAAAAAAAAAAAAAAAAUAAGGAUGUAUACAGAUGUUUUAGGAGGGUGUUUAAAAUACCUUUAAACCCUAGUUAAUACAACACUCUGAAACAUUACAUGGAACUUUGCUUUAAAUGUAGUUGGAAAGUGAACUAUUUAUAACCAUAAAAAAAAAAUCAUUUAUGUAUGCAUGUGUUGAAGGCCGUAUAAUCAAUUUAUUCUAAUUAAUCAAUUUUGGGUGCUGUACUGUUGUGAGUGACUUUGUUCGCAUCACUCAACUUGGGAUCAAUUUAUAUUUGCUAGAUUAUAUAGCCUGCUUUCUUCUUCAAGUCUAUAUUUUAAAUUAGUGGAUUUCUUAAGACUCUUAAGUCUUUCAAAAGUCAUUGGUUCAAUAAUACAAGAUGAAAGUGUUUUCACUCUGCUUAUAGCUACAUAUGAAAUGCCUGCAGUAGUUUCAGUCUGACCAAUGUCAAUCCAUGCUUUUGGCAGUGUUAACCCUUGGCUCUUGUGUAUUGUGAUUGCCCAAGCAAGUUUGAGAGGCAACUGUUGUCUCUCAUGUAAACCAUCUAGUGUCUGUGAGGUUAUUGUUAUUGGGCAUAUAGGCACACAUCGUGGAAUGCUAUCACUGAUAGAUGGACCUCUAUACUCAUUAAAUUUUACUAUGACAGCGACAGGCAAGUCUGGUGGUUGCUGGUUGUUUGCAUAAAUGAAAUCUUCAACCGUUCCAGUUGCACCGUUACAAAGUCCAACAUCUAUCCAUAGGUUCGGUAAGCAUUACAUGUGCACCUUUUGCAAGGAAAAUGGUCGGUUGUAAACCUGACAUGUCAUCCGAACUUGCUUUCUUAGCUAUAUCACUAGAGUGACGUGCAGUGAUGCAGGCUAUUGGCUGAUGAAGUUCUGAUAACUGUUCAAAGUUAUAAUUAGCAACUUCUUCAUUGCUGAAAUAGAGCCUAGUGGCAUCUUGAAACUCAUUCACGUUCAAUGCUAUGGAAGGCUGUCUUGCCAAAAGAAGUUUCCAAUCUUGCUCAUUAGAAUCUCCUGUGCGAAGGCGUAUGAGUAAAUCUCUAAACUGAGCUUGCUGUUGAUUUAAGCCUUGAACCCUCUGGUUUACUGACAGUUUUACAACAUUGCCAAACAUGUGAUAAGCUAAAUAGCCUUGUUCACCUGUAGAACUGGAGGGUCUCGAAUGAUAUAAUGGCUUAUCUGCCACUGGAGGCAAUUGAGCUGGGUCACCAACUAAUAUCAUGGAUUUACCACCAAAUACUUCGUCAUUUUCGCCUGUUGUUUGUCGGCAGCGUCUAUCAAUCCAGCCAAACAAUGUUUGUCCUAGCAUAGAGUAUUCAUCAAUUAGGAUAUAACUGAUAUCUUUCAGCUUGGUUUGUAAUGUGACAAGCCCUUGUCCUGUUAAUUCUUUGUUAUGUCUUGGGCCAACAGGCAAUUUUAAUAGUGAAUGGAUUGUACAUCCGUUUAUGUUAAAUGAAGCUUUGCCAGUUGUGGCAGUCACUGCACAAGAGUGUUGGAGCAGGUUUCGGAUGGCAUUAAUGAGGUAACUUUUCCCUGUACCGGCAACUCCAAGUAUAAUAAGAAGCAAUGGAUCUUUAGGGCAGGCUUGUUCAGAAUGUGCUUUCACCAUAUUGUAGGCAUGUCUUUGCAUGUCACUGAAUGUAUUAACAUCAAUAUUUUGUUGUUGCAAACCAAAGGUAGAAUCCAAAGUAUCUUUCUUAGUUUUUAUCCAGGAUGGCAUUUCCUGUAUUAAGUGAUUUGCAUACUUAAUCUUGUCAUUUUGCCAGUCAUAAUCAGGCUGAGAGGUUUGUUGUGUUAUAUUAUCUUGGUUAACAAAAUACCCAGGUAUGAGAUCUGCUAAAUCCAUCCACUCUUCACGCUGUGGAAGCUCUUCUGAAGAGUGCUCUAUAUUUGGUUCCUCUUCUGUGUUAUUCUGUACACUUUGUAGUUUUUCAUACCAGUCAGGAACAUGCUCUUCAGCAUAUGGUGUUUGUAGAAAUUCCUUCCAUUUUGUGAUGUAUAUUUCAUCAGUGCCUUCCUGACAAUCCCAGGCAUUGUCUUGUGUAGUAUGCCAAGGUUUGUGCUUAAGUAACUGAUAUUUGCAAUAAAGUCCAAAAUUUGGACCUUUUGAAUUGGAAGAAAAUACUGGAAAAACUCUGGGAAUCAUGUUAUGAGGCUGAACUGUUAGUUUGUUGUUGACAAGUUUGUAUUUUGUUGCAAAAUGAAUGAAAUUAAGAGCCAUUAUAUCUGGGAUGGUUUGAAUAUAUUUUUCCCUUUUUAGCGUAAGUAUCAAGCAAUGAGUCAUUGGUUACAGUAUCUCCAUCAUUUGUUAUAGUUUUGAUUCUACGUGAACCAUUUAGACUAAUAGGUACCACAUUAAAUGAUGAGCUGACAAGUUUCAGUGACAUGAGAUGAUGCAUAGUCUCUUGUGCAGAGAAGUCACGUUGGCCAAGUGACUUCAUUAUCACUUUUUUAUCAAUUUUGUAGGGUUGCUAUUGUUGUUGCAAUUACGGACAAUAGAAUUAAAUGCAAGUUUCAUUACAGGUGACUUUGGUUCACCUUUUGAAGCAUAUUUUGCAAGGUAUUCAACACAUGCAUGAUAAUCAAUGAUCACUUGAAUAUCACAGUUUGCCCUCCAGCCUUGAAGCUGAAGUCGUUGGUGAUUAUUGAGUCUGCUAUCAUUCCUCUUUGUUAUGAUCUUUGCUUUGUAUUGAGUGCUUCCAUCUUUUGUAUGAAUGGGCUCAAACUCUAGUUUUGUAUUAACACAAGGUUCAAAUGGAAACUUAAAUCUACAUUUCAGUUCUGUUUCGUUUUGUUUCUUUCUAAGACAAUAGUUUGUACUACAGCGAGUGUGCCUUUGUACAGUAUUCAACAAAUCAACAUAAUCUUGUUCAGAGUCUUGUAAACUUACAAGGUCCUUGUGACGCUUUUGACAAGGAUGAAUAGAGGGCUUCACCCAUGUGCCAUUAUCUGGUGGAUCUGGAUUAUAUGUAGACAAUAACCAAUCUACAUACUGACAAACUACCUGGGAAGCCUUUUUCCCAUCCACUAUCUGUUGAUUGAGUUCUAGUAUAUUGACUUGCUCAGCUGUAUUAGUGGACAUUUCAGCCAAAUAGCCUUUUAGAGCUGUUUCUGAGAGUUUACAUAAACCUGGAUCAUUUUUCAGCUUUGCUACACCAUGACAAUGUAUACUACCUCUAGCUUGAUAUUCAAAUCUGUACCAGUGCCACUCAGCAUCUAGUGAAUUGUAUAACCAGUAUUUAAUAAAACUUUCUAAACGCUGUGUAAAGAACCAGUCUGUAAUAUGAGGAUUGUUAAUCACAUUCUGCCGUUUGUUGACAGUUGAAUUAUUACUGACUGAGUUACCAAAAAUUGCAUGAAGUUCAGGCCAAUGCAUAUCAGCAGAGGAGAAUGUGAAAAAGAAUGUGUUGGAGCUCCAGCAUGGGCUAUUAUUGCUUUUAAAUCUUCUUUAGCUUUGUGCCAAUAAGCAUUAGAACCAGUAAUGUUACUAAGAUAGCGUGAUAUCUUAGAUAUAAACAUACUUGUGUUAUUGCUAGUUGCCAUUUGCCGCAGCUCUUCAGCAGUCAAAUGAGCUUCUCCUGGGUUUUGUUUUAGGAACAUGCCUGUCUGUUGCAGAAUACGUUUUCUUUGUAUCAUAUUCAAUGCCCAGUAACCAAAUCUGGGGUGAGUAGCAAAGCGAUAUACCCAUUUGUCAUUCUUGUUUUCUCCAAACUUUAAAAGGUGCUUUACUCUUUCUCCGAGUGGUAUAUCUCGGCGUAAUGAUGGGUUAGUAGGAUCACCCUUACCAUCUGGAAAUAAUGUUGGGAAAGCCAUUGUUGCUAAAAAGGGAGUUACAUACUCGUUUAAUGGUUCACUGCCAACUGUUGGCCAGGGCAAGUGAUUAGAAUCAUUAGACAAUUGUUGGCGCACAGCUUCUAUUUCUUGCUGCUGACACUCUGGAAUAGGCAGAAAACUACUCAUCUUCAUUUUGAGGACCUAAGUCAGGUUCACAUGUGGCAUCCAAAUCUAUAUUCUCUGUUUCAACCGAGAGAAGACCAUGUGGAACACCAUGUUCUGGUAAAGAAUUUAAAGAAUUUUGAUUGAUGGUUAUGUCCUUGUAGUGUGAGUUAUUAUUAACAAGCCAUUGUAGUGCAUCAGCUACAUUUUGCCUUCGCACUGUCACAUCUUUAAAACUGUUCUCUUUACCUUUCAUCUUAACAACAAUAACAGAUAGAUCUUUUGGGUAUCUAGGCAGAGAAUGUGCUAGUUCAGCUAUAUCCUGAGGCAAAUUGAUACAGUGGCCUGAAUAGCCCCUUUGUCCACCAGGUUUUAUGUAAACUCGCAUAACAGGAAGUGCACGUGCAAUAAGCAUUUCUUCUACUUGGGUUAACCCCUGCAGUUGUAAAGGUACUAAUGAUGGCACCAUGUCAUUUUCCUUAGAAAACUUUUUUUGUUGUUGUUUAUCUCGUAUGCACCUCUGACACUGGUAGUGAUCAACCUUCCUUGGACUGGAUUUCAAUGGCCAUGCUUCAAAACAGACAGUGCAUUGGCAAACUGAAUACUGAUUGGACUUAUGAAAAUCGUUCAUGUUAUUUUGUGCAUGUUUUUGUUCGUGAACUGGACCAGCAGAGCUCUCUUUUUUGUCCUGCAGAAAUUGUUUGAGACCUUUUAUAACUGGCUCUCCUAUUUGCAAGUCUCUCUUUUCGCUUUUCAACAGUUUCUUCAGACGUUCUUUUUCUAUAAGAGUCUUUGUAACUUUUUAGUCUCUCUUUUGCUUUUCAACAGUUUCUUCAGACACUCUUUUUCUAUAAGUGUCUCUCUUAUUUUUAAGUCUCUCUUUUCGCUUUUCAGCAGUUUCUUCAGACAUUGUUUUUCUAUAAGUGCCUCUCUUACCUUCAAGUCUGCUUGCCCUUUCAUUAGCUGUUUCUGUAUAUUUGACUCUUUUCAUGUAAUUUCUGUGCUUAAGAAGUCUACCAUGUCUGUUUUCAUUGGUUUCUGAUAAUUUUCUCUUUAUGCAUGUGAGUUUGUUUUAUAUCUACUGUUUUUGUCAGUCAAUGUUGAAACAUAAUGCAACUCGUUAAUAUAUCCAAUAAAUAUUGUCUUUCGUCCAUCCUGAUCAGCAACAGGAGUUAAGAUUGUACUUUCAGGUGAAUUUAUAUUAGACUGUGUGAUAUGAAUGACACAGUUGUAUGCAUUGGCCACAGCUUGCAUUAUGAUGUUAUCACACCAUGUGCCUUGUUUUGACAUUUGUUGAAUAUAGUUAUUCCAGUGAUCAUUAGAAAUGCUUUCAAUAUACAAUUCUGGGUAACUCUGUAAAUGGCCAAUUCCAGCCAUACGAAUUUCAAGAUGCAAGUCAGCAGUCCUAUACAGUUGGUGCGAAACUGAUUUAAAGAAACAAUCCCCAAAUCCACCUACAUCAUGUGGUAUAAGUCCUAUGAGACGAAGCCUUUCAGUUAAACAAUCCCAUGGUAAAUCAUGACUAACAGCAUUCUCAGGAGACAUACCUCCAUUUAAUUUUGAAUUAUCAUUAUGAGUUUGAGGAAAGCUUUUUCCACCAGAAUUCAUUAAAUCUGCCACACGGAUAUGUGUUUGUCUACAGUUACAUGUAGAAUAGUUAUCUGUUGUUGUAAAUUUUCUUUUCUGUAUGUUCAUGUAAAAAACAAAUUUACUAUAAUAAUGAUCAUUGGUAUACCAGAAUUUCCAGGUGUUGUAAUUUCUACAUAAAUUAGUGAUAAAAGAACUGUCUGGAAGAUGUUGUCUUACAAAAGACUUGAUUCUAUUCCUAGACUUCGUAUUACUUAGUGCCUUUAGAAUUAUUUUAACAGGAACGCGAGAUGGUUCCCUGUCCCUUUUCCUCUGACAAUUCACUCUUUUCUUACGAACCUCAACAUUUUUCAGAAAUAGUUACACUAUGAUUUUCAAUUUUCUAAGAAGAAUAACUUGUCAAAGCCUUAUCAUGAUCUUGUGAACUACAAUCACCACUUAUCAGCCCGGUAACCAUUUGACUUUUGUCACUUUUCAUUUGGCGCAAUGGCCAUCGAGCAGAAUGACUCGGUUUAUUUGCUUUGUGACCACAACGGGUCAUUUGGCGCAAUGGCCACCGAGUACAAUGACUCGGUUUGUUUGGUUUGUAUUUGUGACCGCUAUGGGUCAAAAGCACAAUGGCUUGGUAGAUUUGCUUUGAGACAACUUUGUGUCAGAGUUAUCGGUUGAUUUGCUUUGUUGUUCGGCAAAUUCGAGGACAUCAAUUCAAAGCAGGAGAGCAGCGAAGGUCUUCGGUUUGUUGUAGUUCGGACAACGCCGACAUCGGGCUUUCUACAUGCUCUUGGAGUACUAAAAAGUUUCCUGGUAAGGCUUUGACAAGUUGAAGCGAUGAACUUUUUAAGAAACAUCGCAUGAAGUUUGAGAAAAAUAAAUGAACUUACCGAAUAAUCCAAAGAUAUCCACGGAGGCGACACGGACGCAAAGAUAUCCACGGAGGCGACACGGACGCACGAGGAGCUUGCACUCGCACGAGGUAUAGUUGCGUGCGCACUCGCACGAGGUAUAGUUGCUUGCGCAUAAAAAUAGUUGUGUGCGCAUGUCCACCAGGUGAGCCCGCAAUUUCUUUGGCCGGCUAUUGGGCUUAAAAUUCGUGCGCGCGCUUAAUAAUUAUUCAAAAUGGCGCAGAUUUUGAACAUCGCCCGUCCAAGUAACCAAAAAUCUCGAAUCUUCACGCCUGGCAUGCACAGGUAUCCCAUCGACCACAGGAUCCCCAAAGAUUACGAAGCGUUCUCCUAACGUCGAACGCAAUUACGUUCCAAGCACAAUUUUGAGGCAUAAAGCGUUGUCGUCCGUUAGUAUUUGCUUGCUAAAUGCACUGAGGCUUAAAAUAAGGUGGGUUGGUAUAGAAUGGGAUUUUUUUUACCUACGAGAUUACUUUUACUGUCGGUAAUCAAGAAUUUUUUUCAGUAUUCGGAGUAUGAGGACCGCGCUUUGUAAUUAGUUCGGCGGCCCGCUUUAUUAUCAACAACACCACUAUGAUGAAAUAUUACUCAAUUGUUAAAGGACUCAUGUCGAGAAACAAAACGUACGGCCGCAAAGAAGACCAAUGGGAGAAUGAAAUAUGGAGAGAUUUAACAAAUGAGUUGAUAAAUUAAAUACAAACAAGUUUCAUGCUCUAGCCCUUCGUCAGAGCGAAGAAGGGACCCUAAAGCCUCGGAAUCAUGUUAGAAUUUUAAUAUAUCGAACGUGGGCCAUUGAUCAAUAUAACUUCUUAACUUUCACCAUUGUUCUGUUCGGGGGUUACCAACAUGCUCGUCUCAUAAGACGUCAACAAAACCUGGAACGGACCGGGUCAGAUCAAUCCCUGUAACUUACUGAAUAACGAAAGAUAAGGGAUAGUGCCUCUGGGAAUGAUCUGAUCCGGUUCUGCGGUCCAGGUUUUGCCUACGGCCUUUCUCGUGGCUUCGCCGCUUGUGCCUCCCCGAGGAUACCUGCUUACAGCCUGGCUUAAAGCCAGCCUUGACCUCUAGCUGGGGUAAUCUCACCAUAGUUAGUUCGUCGUUUGACAAUCGGUAAACGAGCCUAUCAUAGCCAUGCCAUGAUAGCCUGUUCACAGACCCGCUAUUUUCUCCUCAAAGUCCGUCGAGCACGGGUGAUAAAGUAUAAACCGCAGGGGAUUCUAUUUGAAAAGAACGAAAAGAAAAAUAAAACAACGUCUGUGUACAGGCUAUGCCAUGAUGCAUAAUGUAUCUUUGAAGAUACUCACAUCUUCGUGGUCUGAUUUUUUACCGGUAGCUGUUGGACUAUGAAGCAAAAGCCGCUGACCAAGUUCCACUGCUCAUGCGCAUGAAUAAAGAUGACCUAGCGCUCGAGAAGGCCAUUAUGAGUGGGGACACGGAUCUGGGUGAGUUAUAAUUGGGUACCACUGCGGAGAACUACAGCUAACUUAAAGUAUAGUGGAUGGGAACAAUUUUUGAAGCCCGUUUUUGUUUCGUCGUAGUCGCAAGAGCCGACUUAUAGAAAGAUCUAUCGUAAUGUUGAAAUUGUACCAAAGGUUCCAAAAAUUUAGAAUGAACUUUUUCUCAGCUUAAAAGUUGGCGUUACACCAGCGGCGUUACAAGCUGAGACAGAGUUAACCAUCUUGAUCCUUACAUGCUCUCCUCCAAUGGUAACAGCUUUCUCUGGUCAGGUGAUCAAAAUUGAUGGAUCCGAACCGCCGUCAUCCAAAACCAGCCUACGUGAUUUUCCCCUGUAUCUAGAUCACAUUUCAUUUGUGUUGUCUUUUUUUCUUUCUUUCUUUCUAGUGUAUAUGGUUGUUAUGCAUUUGAAGGAUAAUCUAACUCUUGGUGAGUUCUUGAUGGUCAUACGUUAUCGUCCUGUGGCACUAAGCCUCUACAUCAAGGUAAGUCUAUGAAAAAAAGUUGUGUAAACGAGUGCGUAUUUGUUCAAGGCUUCAACCAAGAGAAAAUCCGGCAUUAUUUGCCAGGAGACAUUUUUUCCUUUAUCUGUUCAUUCUUUAAGGUCAUAAAAAUGACGUUAAAAAGUUUUAAACUUAAGUGGAGGAGUGAGAGGUUUUACGGUAAAGUUUGGAGCAUUUUUAAUGUCAUUUCUUUGAAUUGUCGGAGUCGCGGCAGUGAAAAAUAGCUACGUUUCUCUUUGUUAUUUACAAUGUCCCGGAGAAUCGCACACAAGAAACAGAGAAGAGAAGAACCUUCAGUUCUGUUUCUUUCCUCUGUACUGUCAUAAGCAAAAGUUCUCGACCAAUCGGGGCGCGUAAAUUACUCGGUUAUUGUAAAUCAUUAGACUGUGUGGCAGGCGUCUUAAGAGGUAUUGAAAAAAGUGAAAAGGGGAGGGGUAAAGGGAAGAGAAAAAAAAAGGACACCUUUUUUCAUUUCUGCUUCUUUUCCCUUCACUCCCCUCCCCUCUUCUCUCGUUUUUGCACCUGUUACGCAAACUGCCACGCAGGCUAUUAUGAAACCUAUAUAUUCACUUUGGCAUGACUGUGAUUUGACUGCAGUACUGUAAGGAUCAGGAUCGCCGUACACUUGUGGACCUGUUCUACCAGGAUGACCAGUUUAUGAACAGUGGUAAUGCCUUUGUGCAGGACAGCUAUAGCGAGAAGGCAUCAUAUAAAGUAGCUUGAAUGCUAUCAUGCUUAGGAGGGGAUCUGGUCGAAUGUUGUUUUAUUAUUUUUUUCUUUAGUUUGUAAUUUCAAUUCUGAGCCAAGGGGUGUGACGCUUCACUCCGUUUCUUCAUGGCGUCAGAGAUUAUUUUUGUUUCCGUGACUUUAGGUGACUACAAAGCUCCCCUCAACCUCAUUGUCGGGACGUUUUCCCGUUAGAAAAUGGGAUAAACCCCUGUGAACGAAUGGUCGGCAGCAAUCUUGUUUAUUUUGAGCGUCAAGAAGAGCCAAGAAUACGUGGAGCAACUCUUAUUUGUAAUUUAACUCGCACAUUUCUCGUGUUUAAACUCGAAACCUUUACCAAAAUUCGUUCUAAUCAUAACCAGUGACAUCUACUACACAUGCGCUAAUUGUUGCCGUCCAUUUCUUCGUUGUAAAUAGUGGCCCUCAAUACAUGCAGCGACCACGUCACCUUAGCAGACAUAAGACUACAAGUUAUCUGUUAUUUUUCACAGGGAUCGUACAGCGAACAAAGCGCGCGCGCCUGAAAAUCGCAGCUCUGCAGGAAAGGCCGUCACGCGAAGGGUUUAAAUUGUUUAGUUGCGUUACGCCUUCCGGUCUCUCUCCCAAUCUGUUCCGCAGAGCUUUUACUAACCUUGUCUGGCGGAGCGGUUACUUUUAGUCCUAAACCAAAAGGAUCACAUCCUUGGAAAAGAGAUUGGCGCUCACCUUUUUAUUCCUUGAGAAAUAAGAGGUAAUUCGUUAUCUAUGAAAUGUUACCUGCCAUAGAAUAGAAUCAUCGUUUUGAUAUCUCUUGUCAGUACACUUGAGAUAAAAUCUGAUUUUCUUCUAUUUUUAUUAUUUAGACAAUAGAAUCCAAGAUGAACACAUUGUCCAAAGCACAAAUGUCUUACCAGCAAGGAGGAUUUCAGUUCUACUCAAAGGUGUGUGCUCUUCACUUUGUUGCUUUUAUUUAAAAUACUUCAAACUCCUUCAACACUAGAGCCACUCAUUCCUUCAUGUGAAGAAACGGAAGACGGACGUUAUGUCUUGUCUAGUAAUCUAGAAUAUGGGAUAAACUUGCGAUAUUCGAAUCAAAAGUACCCACAUGACGUCAUGGCGGCCAUAUUGGUGUCCCAAACCAAUCCCUGGGAGUUGAACUCUUUUCUUUAUAUGCAAACGCUAUCUUUUGUUCCAACAAAUUUGCAUAGAUGCUGGCCACGUGAGUGAAAACCUUCUAUACUGAUCUGAACUAUAUUAUAAAUAUUAUAACAAAACAUUUCUUGUCAGUUAUGCAUUGUAUGCAUGUGCGAUUCAAUUUUCCAGGCAACAGAAGAACAAAUGAAACUCAUGGAAUAUCAAGUCAAACUAGAAGAGAAGUACAAAAAGACAUUUAUGGAUCUGUCCUUGAGUGAUACUAUCUACCAGGUACGAUCAUUAACACACCCAGCUGUGUUAGCCUUUACUGUGGAUUGAGGCCAGUUAACUGACCACCUACCCCUCCCCUAAGUCAACAUUAACCCCUACUUCUAAUUUAGGGACAAAUUGUGACUUAAGGGAGGGGUAGGUAGUCAGUUACUCAAAAAUCUCAAUUGAUUGGUCUGAACCGUAGCUCUUGUUUGAAUGAUCAAAAUUAAGAUGUCAUCAAUAUGCUUAAUAAACAGUACCGCUGGAAAUCUCUGCCAAGUACAAGCUUUCAUUGGAAUGGCCAUACUAAAAGAUUGCAUCUACAGAAUCAAAUCUUAGAACUUGGAAUCAACAGUAUAUUCAGGAAAUCUCUGUUCAGUAGCUUACGUUCGAAUUGUUGUUCUUAAGGAUUUUAUCCAGACUUAAAGUAGUGAAAACCACCUUGUAAAGCACAGUAAACCGCUUCAAUGUUAAUUAAUUCCCAUACACUAUCAUACUUUCCUGGGGUUAGUUUCUAAGGAUUACUUUAUACUUUUCAGUGCAUACUUCAAGGAGACCUCAAAGUCUCUGAGCAACUGAAAAAGGAAUUCAAGGUUCCGGACAAAAGGUUUGUAACAUUUUUUUUUUAAUCAGAGACCGCGUAAACAACGAGACCUUUGACAUCCAAGGACCCUUUUUUGAAACAGCCUCUAGGUGCACCACGUUAAGCUAAGGCUUGCUUCUUCACACCGCUGAUUUGUAGCCUGUGCGUUUGAAGGGGAAGAGAAAUGUGGGAAUUAGGGCGCGUGAGGGAGGAGGAAAGAAAGGGUUUCCGUCCUUUCAUAUCCUCACGCGUCCAUCGCGUUCUUUUUCGCGUUCUCAGCCCGUUAUUGAAACAGCCUUUAGUUGCACCGUGUAGUGUUAAGUUUUGUUUGUUUACCCCCCUGAUUUGUAGCCUGUGUCAAGCAUUUGAAAGGGAGUAAAGGGGGGGGGAAAGGGCGCGUCAGUAUGUUAAGGGAGCGCGAUUAGGAAGGGAACAAAGGGUUUUCGUCCUUUCUUGCUCACGCGUUCAUCGCGUUCUCUUUCUCACACGGCCCGUUUUCGAAAUAGCCUUUAGUUGCACCACGCGGAGCUAAAGUUUGCUGGUUGACACCACUGAAUUGUAGCCUGUAUAGCAGUCAUUUCAACGAGUAGUGAAAGGGGGGAGGGAAUAAGGACGCGCGAGGAAAAACGGCAGACAGGGAUUCCUUCCCUUCGUCCUCGCGCGGCCCUCACGUUGACGCGCACCUCAGUCAUUCAUUCUUUUCCUACCCCUUCAAACUCCUGCCUCAUAGUUCAGCUCAUUUGCUGCAAGUCAUGCAUUGUGUUGUCUUCAGGUUUUAUUCGCUGAAAGUAAGAUCCUUGGCUGAAAGUCACAACUGGCUGGAACUCGACAAGUUUUCCAAGGCUCGUAAAUCUCUAAUUGGAUACGAGGUAAGUUCAUUGACAAGGUUUUCCGUAACCUGACAUCAGGCGUUACGUUCUUUUGGGAAGAAGGACCGCCGGAUCGCAAGUUAGGUUUUCCCGAAACAGGAAACGGCUUUGUACCAGUGUCAAACCUUUCUACAACGGCGCCCUUGAGAGCAAAGUGCCUUUUCUGGAGGAGUUGCCAUUGUGGGGAAUAAGAGGGCAUCUCGGAACACUCCGGAAUACCCCCCGGAACAUCCACCAGAACAUCCCCCGGAACCUGGCAGAAGGUAAAAUGAAAAACACAAAAAGAAACCCUAACCCCACCAUGUAAGAUAUUAAAUGUUCAAGAGUGAAUGUACGGACUGUCUGCCGGAAUAAGAAUGAUGGUCGUCUCGGAAAGAUGGCCGGUAUUUAUCAAAAAGCCGAUUUAUUUCUUUUUUUAUUAUUCAAGGCUACGUUUUUGAGUUUCCAUAACUCAGUGAAACAUUGUGAAUAAACAUUCCAGUGUGAAGACGUGGCAAAUUUUAUAUACAUUGCUUUCUUACAGCCAUUUUUUGAAGCAUGCCUGGAAUGCAACAACAUAAUAGAAGCGGAGAAAUAUGUCUCCAGAGUUCUUCCCGAAAAUAAAGUGACGUGUUAUGUGAAACUCGGGUGAGUUUAUCAGUUCAUUGAAGUUUUUACUUUGCUCAAAGUGCUGGCUAAACAAACUUUAACUUGAGCAGCGGUCACUUGUGUUGCGACUAUGCCGUUCAUCCUUUCACCCCAGAACAAAGAAGCGCGCACUGACCACAAAAUUCUAUUCAUAACCCUGGGUGAAUACAAAUUCGUAAGGAAUUGGGAACAACGACUCGAGUUCUGCACUGCUAAUUGAUGCCACCCUGAGAAAAUAGCUGGCAUUUUGUGACACCACCACCGGUUUCCUCGCGAACUGGUCUGAAGAAUGUUUGCAGAUAUUCCAUACUGAUGUGACGUGUAGCUUUCUAUCAGUAAAAACAAAAUUGACUAGUUUGUUGGCUAGGACUCGUGUUUUUAUUCCUUUGAUUUUGAUUUAAUUAUUUGAUUUCGGGCCCGAAAAGUUACCGGGACUUUCGAGAAACGAGCUAAUCAUAUUGCACCUAGUUAUAAACGACAUUUUAAUUUUUGUCCCAGGAACAGGAAAUACGAAGAUGCGGCGGAAACAGCUUUUGCUCAUAAAAGCGAGGAGGGCCUGGAUCUAGUCCUUGGAAAAUGUGCAACUUCAAAUCGUCCGUUGGUGAACCGCAUUCAAGAAAUGAAGGCGCAACUGCGGCAAAGACGAUAAAAUUCACAGAUGGAUUGAAAUCUUAACUCCGAAAUAAAUGCUCAGUCGAAGUUCUCAGUAGAAAUGCCUUGCUAGAAUGUACUUUGAGCAAGUUUCGUCUCAUCAAGCGCACCUUGCGAGUUCAUGAAAACCGAGUUCGUGUUAAUUGGAUCUAGGUAGAGGCUAAGUACUGUAACAGUUUCCCCAGCACUUGCAAUUAAUGAUUUUCGAGUUACCCAAGUCGCUACUGCUAAAUCCACUUGGAGUCACCAUGGAUGAUAAUCUCGAAUGGCGUAGCCAUAUGGAGAAGAUAAUAAAGAAAGUAUCUUCUGGCAUCGGGGCCAUAAAGCGACUGAGUAAGGCACCUUGUCCCCAAGCGACCUUGCAACUAAUUUACCAAGCUCUUAUUCACCCUCACUUCAAUUAUUGCAAUACUGUUUGGGCCGGAAACUGUGGGAUAACCUUAAGGAACAAACUUCAAAAACUACAAAAUAGAGCAGCCCGUUUUUGACAUUUUCAGAGCACGGUGAAGACGCUGGUUACCUGUUUGAACUCCCAGGAUGGAAAAAUCUAGCGCGCCAGCAUGAAAUUGAAAAAAGCCACGAUGGUUUCUAAGUCUUUACACGAGUUGGCUCCAGAAUAUUUAUGUUCUAGGUUUGCAAUACGAGAAACGGCAUAUAACCUUAGAGACUCUGAGAAUAAACUAAUUGCAUCCUUUACCACGGACAAAUUAUUACAACAAUAGCUUUAGCUAUAGUGGCGCCAUCCUAUGGAACAAACUCUAGUGUAAUGUGAGAUAAGCAGACUCCCUUACGAAAUUCAAAUGUCUUCUUAAACAAGUACUCAAGGGCACGGCAUUCAUGGAAAGCAGCUUUUUCUUUAAUAUUUUUAUUAUAAUGUAGAUAGUUUAUACUGUUUUCUUAUUUGAGUUGUAAUGAAUUGUAUUUAACAAUUAUUCCUCGAGCCCGAAUGAGCUCUGAGUCAAUAGCCCAUUCGGCCUUCGGCCUCAUGGGCUAUUGACUCAGAGGCCAUGAGGGUGAGAGGAAUAAUUGUUUUAGUAAAAUCCAACUAGUUGGUCAAAAAUAUCGAGACAAAACAACUUUAGCUAGUUAAAGCUAGACUUU